AUGACUAUCAUGCCUAAAUUGAUCUUACCUUUCUUUUACAAGCUUACUCCAUUAGAAGACGGGGAGUUGAAGAUCGAAAUUGAAAAAUUGGCCACGAAAAAUGGGUUUCCUCUUUCUGGCGUAUAUGUCAUUGACGGUUCGUCCAGAUCAGGACACUCAAAUGCAUUCUUCAGUGGCUUGCCUUGGAGUCAGCAGAUUGUCAUUUUUGACACUUUGAUUAACCAAAGUACUACAGAAGGGAUUGUUGCGGUUUUGGCUCAUGAGAUUGGCCACUGGAAGUUAAACCAUGUUUAUCAGCUUCUUCUCUCUAACCAAGCAUCCAUUACGUUGACUUGUGUUUUGUAUCGUGCAUUUAUCGAAAAUAAGUCGUUCUUCCAUUCCUUUGGCUUUUUCCAUGACUACCCUCCGAUGAUUGCCUUUGUUUUAUUUUCUUAUGUUAAGGCUCCAGUCGACUGUGCUGUCAAAUUUGCCAAAAAUUUAAUGAGCAGGAAGAAUGAAUACCAGGCCGACAAUUUUGCGAAAGCGCAAGGAUACACUGAAGAGUUGGCAUCUGCUCUUAUCAAACUUAAAGUUGAAAAUUUGUCAUCCUUCCGCAUGGACUGGUUAUACUCUGCCUACACACAAAACCAUCCUACUUUGGUCGAGAGAUUGAACGCCCUUGGAUACACUUCAAAGCAGAAGGCUGGAAAACCGAAAGUUGAAAGUGAAUAA